GCAUGUCCAACCAUUCUGCAAUCGCCCGGAGUAACAGCCACGCAGACUAGAAAAAAGGUAAAACGCACUUUCUAAGGGGAGAGAGUGAGAAGGGAGGGGAGAGAGAAAAACGCCCUGGACACGGAGGGAGACUCGGGUUGAUAAAGCAAGAAAAGUUUUUUUUUUUAUGAGAGAAAUAAGGUUUGAUUGGGAAGAAGAAUACGUGCUUUUAUCGACUGCUGGGACCGCAGGAGGAGAAGAGAACACUGCCGAAGAUGCUCAAGCUGCUGUGUUAAAGUUGUUGCAACUCAAACUGCUCAUAGACAAACAGGAAACAAAGAGACAGAGCCCUUGGCCUUGCUUCAGCAAUCCAACGAAAACCAAGGCAGAAACAAACGACACCAGAGCAUAGACAGAGGACAAGAAAAAACAAAGGAUGGCUGAGGAGGAGGAAACCAGGGAGGUGCUCUUCUCUGACUGGUCGGGUCCAGAAAAACAGGGAAUGACCCUUGAGCAGUCAGGCGAAGGAGAGAUCUAUGUCAAAGAGGUGAAAAUGGAGUCGCCUGCUGGACGCACUGGAAGAGUACAUGAGGGUGAUCAAAUUGUAGGUGCCACCAUCUAUUUUGACAACAUGAGUUCCAAGGAGACGACGGAGCUCCUUAAGACCCUAAACAAACACAAGGUUGGACUGAAACUACAGAACAAGGACAAGUCACCAUGCCGCUCCCCCAUGGGCACUCUGUCACCCUGCCGAUCCCCAAUGGGAACUCUGACGUAUGAAGGGAGAGGAAGGGUUGGAGGCUCCAGCCAAGACAUUAUCCUGAGUGGGGAUGAUGAAGAUUACAAGAGAAUAUAUUCCAAGAAGAUUAAGCCCCGGCUGAAGUCUGAGGAUCUGGCGGAGGGCGUGGACGUCCGUACGGAACGUCACAGCAGCACCAGCACCGACGGAAGCACGAUCACUACCAUCACCCGUCGCAUCACUACCUACACUGUGGACAUGCCAGAGGGCGUGGACGAGCAGCUUGAUCUAACCAGCCCAGAGUUUAAAGGGCAACGGUACGAGCAGUCAGGAGGGGGCAGCUCGUCUCAAAUCCGAGUUUUACACGGAAGCGGAAGCUCUUCAGGUAUAGGAGGUGGAUUGGAGGGGGGUGAUUUUGAACUAGGAGGUGAUGGUGUUUCCUUCACUGGGCCGGAUGUAACUAGCUCUUCUGAGAAGCACUGGAGCACUGGAGGGGUGAAGACCACCACUGUUACAAGGCAGAUAGAGGGGGGAGAUGGUGGAGCAGCAGGGAUCAGAUUCAAAGGAUCGAGCUUUGGGAUGCCUGGGGCGAAGGGUCAGCGGGAGUUUGGCCUCUAUAGAGAGGGUGAGCAGGGGGAGCAGGGGGGCUUUCAGGUUUCAGGUGACUCAGCUGACUACCAGGCAGGAUCAGUCAAUGUCACGGCACCUGGAAAAACAACAAAUAUUUCAUCCGGCUCCAUAUCAAUGGGUAAAGGGGAGGUGAGAGGAGUAGACGUUCAUUUGCCUGGUAGAGGCAGUGCAGACUGGCAGGGUAGGGUCGGAGGUUCAGUACCUGGAAUAACCAUUAGUGAUCAACAGGUGAGAGGGUCUGGGAGCGUAGGUCUCUCCAGAGGCAACCAGGGUGGGGUUUCCUUACCCAACAUGCCAGGCAUUGAUACAGGCUUGAAUGGGGGCAAGAUAUCAACAGACAUAAGAGUGCCAACACUUGACAUCAAUACAGGCAUGAAGGAGUCUGGCUCAGUGAAAAUGUCUGUAAAAGAAACAACAAUGGAAAGCAAACUCAAAGGUGGCGUCAAAAUACCAUCAUUUGGACUGAACACUGGAGGUGCAGAAAGCGAUGGAGAUGUUAAACUACGGAAGGUCAAGGGUAGUGUAGAUGUUUCGGUACCUGGGGUAGAUGUAGAUUUAUCAGGCGCAUCUAUGAAUAUGAAAGGAGGAAAGACGAUAGGUGGUGUUGCCAUCAAAGCACCCAAAGUAGACAUUAAAGGUUCAGGUGUUGAUAUAGAAGGUCCAGAAGGCGGAUUCAAGAUACCCAAAGAAAAGAUACCAUCAUUUGGAGUCAGAGGAGCCGGACUUGAGGGUCCUGGUAUCGAUGUCAACCUACCAAAAACUGACAUUGACAUCAGAGCUCCCAAAGUAGACAUUGAAGUGCCAGAUGUUGACAUUGAAGGUUCAGGAGGAUUUAAGAUGCCAAAGAUGAAGAUGCCCUCAUUUGGAAUAAAAGGAUCUAAAUUGGAGGGUCCAGAUAUUGAUGUCAACCUACCAAAAGCUGACAUUGACAUCAAGGCUCCGAAAGUUGACAUUAAAGGUCCAUCAAUAUCAGGACCAAAGAUCUCAAUGCCCGAUGUGGACUUCAAUCUGAAAGGCCCAAAGGUGAAGGGGGAUUUGGGUAUGUCAGGGGACCUCAAAGCACCCAAAGUAGACAUUGAAGGUCCAGAUGUUGACAUUGAAGGUUCAGGAGGAUUUAAGUUGCCGAAGAUGAAAAUGCCCUCAUUUGGAAUCAAAGGACCCAAAGUUGAGGGAGAUUUUGAUGUCAAACUACCUAAAGGUGACAUUGACAUCAAGGGACCUAAUGUUAACAUCAAAGGUCCAGAACUUGACUUCGAAGGCCCUGAUGGGAAAAUCAAGGGUUCAAAAUUCACGAUGCCAUCAAUGUCAGGCCCAAAGGUCUCAAUGCCUGAUAUGGACAUCAAUCUGAAAGGUCCAAAGGUGAAGGGAGAUGUAGAUGUGUCAGUGCCAAAGCUAGAAGGAGACAUCAAGGCUCCCAAAGUUGACAUCAAAGGGCCAUCAAUAUCAGGACCAAAGAUCUCAAUGCCCGAUGUGGACUUCAAUCUGAAAGGCCCAAAGGUGAAGGGAGAUUUGGGUUUGUCAGGAGACCUCAAAGCACCCAAAGUAGACAUUGAAGGUCCAGAUGUUGACAUUGAAGGUUCAGGAGGAUUUAAGUUGCCGAAGAUGAAAAUGCCCUCAUUUGGAAUCAAAGGAUCUAAAUUGGAGGGUCCAGAUAUUGAUGUCAACCUACCAAAAGCUGACAUUGACAUCAAGGCUCCCAAAGUUGACAUUAAAGGUCCAUCAAUAUCAGGACCAAAGAUCUCAAUGCCCGAUGUGGACUUCAAUCUGAAAGGUCCAAAGGUGAAGGGAGAUGUGGAUGUGUCAGUGCCAAAGCUGGAAGGAGACAUCAAGGCUCCCAAAGUUGACCUCAAAGCACCCAAAGUAGACAUUGAAGGUCCAGAUGUUGACAUCGGAGGUUCAGGAGGAUUUAAGAUGCCGAAAAUGAAAAUACCCUCAUUUGGAAUCAAAGGACCCAAAGUUGAAGGAGAUUUUGAUGUCAAACUACCUAAAGGUGACAUUGACAUCAAGGGACCUAAUGUUAACAUCAAAGGUCCAGAACCUGACUUCGAAGGCCCUGAUGGGAAAAUCAAGGGUCCAAAAUUCACGAUGCCAUCAAUGUCAGGCCCAAAGGUCUCAAUGCCUGAUAUGGACAUCAAUCUGAAAGGUCCAAAGGUGAAGGGAGAUUUGGGUUUGUCAGGGGACCUCAAAGCACCCAAAGUAGACAUUGAAGGUCCAGAUGUUGACAUUGAAGGUUCAGGAGGAUUUAAGAUGCCAAAGGUGAAGAUGCCCUCAUUUGGAAUCAAAGGGUCCAAAGUUGAGGGAGAUGUUAAUGUCAAACUACCAAAAGCUGACAUUGACAUCAAGGGACCUAAUGUUAACAUCAAAGGUCCAGAACUUGACUUCAAUCUGAAGGCCCUGAUGGGAAUCAAGGGUCCAAAAUUCACGAUGCCAUCAAUGUCAGGCCCAAAGAUCUCAAUGCCUGAUAUGGACAUCAAUCUGAAAGGUCCAAAGGUGAAGGGAGAUGUAGAUGUGUCAGUGCCAAAGCUAGAAGGAGACAUCAAGGCUCCCAAAGUUGACAUCAAAGGGCCAUCAAUAGACCUCAAAGCACCCAAAGUAGACAUUGAAGGUCCAGAUGUUGACAUCGGAGGUUCAGGAGGAUUUAAGAUGCCAAAGAUGAAGAUGCCCUCAUUUGGAAUCAAAGGAUCUAAAUUGGAGGGUCCAGAUAUUGAUGUCAACCUACCAAAAGCUGACAUUGACAUCAAGGCUCCGAAAGUUGACAUUAAAGGGCCAUCAAUAUCAGGACCAAAGAUCUCAAUGCCCGAUGUGGACUUCAAUCUGAAAGGUCCAAAGGUGAAGGGAGAUGUGGAUGUGUCAGUGCCAAAGCUGGAAGGAGACAUCAAGGCUCCCAAAGUUGACCUCAAAGCACCCAAAGUAGACAUUGAAGGUCCAGAUGUUGACAUUGAAGGUUCAGGAGGAUUUAAGUUGCCGAAAAUGAAAAUACCCUCAUUUGGAAUCAAAGGACCCAAAGUUGAAGGAGAUUUUGAUGUCAAACUACCUAAAGGUGACAUUGACAUCAAGGGACCUAAUGUUAACAUCAAAGGUCCAGAACCUGACUUCGAAGGCCCUGAUGGGAAAAUCAAGGGUCCAAAAUUCACGAUGCCAUCAAUGUCAGGCCCAAAGGUCUCAAUGCCUGAUAUGGACAUCAAUCUGAAAGGUCCAAAGGUGAAGGGAGAUUUGGGUUUGUCAGGGGACCUCAAAGCACCCAAAGUAGACAUUGAAGGUCCAGAUGUUGACAUUGAAGGUUCAGGAGGAUUUAAGAUGCCAAAGGUGAAGAUGCCCUCAUUUGGAAUCAAAGGGUCCAAAGUUGAGGGAGAUGUUAAUGUCAAACUACCAAAAGCUGACAUUGACAUCAAGGGACCUAAUGUUAACAUCAAAGGUCCAGAACUUGACUUCGAAGGCCCUGAUGGGAAAAUCAAGGGUCCAAAAUUCACGAUGCCAUCAAUGUCAGGCCCAAAGAUCUCAAUGCCUGAUAUGGACAUCAAUCUGAAAGGUCCAAAGGUGAAGGGAGAUGUAGAUGUGUCAGUGCCAAAGCUAGAAGGAGACAUCAAGGCUCCCAAAGUUGACCUCAAAGCACCCAAAGUAGACAUUGAAGGUCCAGAUGUUGACAUCGGAGGUUCAGGAGGAUUUAAGAUGCCAAAGAUGAAGAUGCCCUCAUUUGGAAUCAAAGGAUCUAAAUUGGAGGGUCCAGAUAUUGAUGUUAACCUACCAAAAGCUGACAUUGACAUCAAGGCUCCCAAAGUUGACGUUAAAAGUCCAUCAAUAUCAGGACCAAAGAUCUCAAUGCCCGAUGUGGACUUCAACCUGAAAGGCCCAAAGGUGAAGGGAGAUUUGGGUAUGUCAGGAGACCUCAAAGCACCCAAAGUAGACAUUGAAGGUCCAGAUGUUGACAUUGAAGGUUCAGGAGGAUUUAAGAUGCCAAAGGUGAAGAUGCCCUCAUUUGGAAUCAAAGGGUCCAAAGUUGAGGGAGAUGUUAAUGUCAAACUACCUAAAGGUGACAUUGACAUCAAGGGACCUAAUGUUAACAUCAAAGGUCCAGAACUUGACUUCGAAGGCCCUGAUGGGAAAAUCAAGGGUCCAAAAUUCACGAUGCCAUCAAUGUCAGGCCCAAAGGUCUCAAUGCCUGAUAUGGACAUCAAUCUGAAAGGUCCAAAAGUGAAGGGAGAUGUGGAUGUGUCAGUGCCAAAGCUGGAAGGAGACAUCAAGGCUCCCAAAGUUGACAUCAAAGGGCCAUCAAUAUCAGGACCAAAGAUCUCAAUGCCCGAUGUGGACUUCAAUCUGAAAGGCCCAAAGGUGAAGGGAGACUUGGGUAUGUCAGGAGACCUCAAAGCACCCAAAGUAGACAUUGAAGGUCCAGAUGUUGACAUCGGAGGUUCAGGAGGAUUUAAGAUGCCAAAGAUGAAGAUGCCCUCAUUUGGAAUCAAAGGAUCUAAAUUGGAGGGUCCAGAUAUUGAUGUUAACCUACCAAAAGCUGACAUUGACAUCAAGGCUCCCAAAGUUGACGUUAAAACACCCAAAGUAGACAUUGAAGGUCCAGAUGUUGACAUUGAAGGUUCAGGAGGAUUUAAGUUGCCGAAAAUGAAAAUACCCUCAUUUGGAAUCAAAGGACCCAAAGUUGAGGGAGAUGUUGAUGUCAAACUACCUAAAGGUGAUUUUGACAUCAAGGGACCUAAUGUUAACAUCAAAGGUCCAGAACUUGACUUCGAAGGCCCUGAUGGGAAAAUCAAGGGUCCAAAAUUCACGAUGCCAUCAAUGUCAGGCCCAAAGGUCUCAAUGCCUGAUAUGGACAUCAAUCUGAAAGGUCCAAAGGUGAAGGGAGAUGUGGAUGUGUCAGUGCCAAAGCUAGAAGGAGACAUCAAGGCUCCCAAAGUUGACAUCAAAGGGCCAUCAAUAUCAGGACCAAAGAUCUCAAUGCCCGAUGUGGACUUCAAUCUGAAAGGCCCAAAGAUCUCAAUGCCCGAUGUGGACUUCAAUCUGAAAGGUCCCAAGCUGAAGGGAGAUGUGGAUGUGUCAGUGCCAAAGAUAAAAGGAGACAUCAAAUCACCGAAAGUAGACAUUGAAGGUCCAGAUGUUGACUUUGAAGGAUCAGGAGGAUUUAAGAUGCCAAAGAUGAAGAUGCCGUCAUUUGGAAUCAAAGGAUCUAAUUUGGAGGGUCCAGAUAUUGAUGUCAACCUACCAAAAGCUGACAUUGACAUCAAGGCUCCCAAAAUCUCAAUGCCCGAUGUGGACUUCAAUCUGAAAGGUCCCAAGCUGAAGGGAGAGGUGGAUGUGUCAUUGCCAAAGAUGAAAGGUGACCUCAAAGCACCCAAAGCAGACAUUGAAUUACCAGAUGUUGACAUUGAAGGUUCAGGUGGAAUUAAAAUGCCAAAGAUGAAGAUGCCGUCUAUGACUGGCCCCAAAAUGUCAAUGCCUGAUGUUGAUUUCAGUCUCAAAGGGCCAAAGUUCAAAGGGGGAGUUGAGGGAGAAAUGAGUACACCCAAAUCUGAAUUUGAAGGAUUGGAUAUCUCAGUAGAGAGUCCAGACAUUGCACCAAAGAAGUCUAAGUUCAAAAUGCCAAAGUUUGGAUUCAAAGGGCCCAAAGUCAAGUCUCCUGAGGUUGAUGUAAAGCUAGCAAAAGCAGAUAUCAAUAUCAAAGCACCGAAAGGUAGUGUUCCAGACCUUGACCUGGACAUUGGGGCUAACAGCCCUAAAGUCAAAGGAUCCAAAUUCAAAAUGCCUAAAUUUGGAUUCAAAAGCCCAAAGGUAGAGAUGCCAGAUGUAGAUAUGAAUCUUCCUAAAGCUGACAUUGACUUCAAGGGACCCAAUGUCGAUAUUAAAGGUCCUCAUAUUGACAUUGAAAGUCCUGAUGGGAAAAUCAAGGGACCAAAAAACAAGAUGCCAUCAAUAUCAGGACCAAAGAUCUCUAUGCCUGAUGUGGACUUCAACCUGAAAGGUCCAAAGGUGAAAGGAGAUGUGAAUGUUUCAGUCCCCAAGAUCGAAGGAGACAUCAAAGGUCCAAACGUAGACAUUGAAGGCCCAGAUGGUAAAAUCAAAGGGCCAAAGUUCAAGAUGCCAUCAAUAUCUGGACCAAACAUCUCAAUGCCUGACAUGGACUUCAACCUGAAAGGUCCAAAGAUGAAGGGAGAUCUGGAUAUGUCAGGAAACCUCAAAGCACCCAAAGUAGACAUCGAAGGUCCAGAUGUUGACAUUGAAGGUUCAGGAGGAUUUAAGAUGCCAAAGAUGAAGAUGCCUUCGUUUGGAAUCAAAGGACCCAAAGUUGAGGGAGAUUUUGAUGUCAAUCUACCUAAAGGCGACAUUGACAUUGAAGGUCCAGAAAUUGACAUUGAAUGUCCAGAUGGUAAAAUCAAAGGGCCGAAAUUCAAGAUGCCAUCAAUAUCUGGACCAAAGAUCUCUAUGCCUGAUGUGGACUUCAACCUGAAAGGUCCAAAGGUGAAAGGAGACGUGAAUGUUUCAGUCCCCAAGAUCGAAGGAGACAUCAAAGGUCCAAACGUAGACAUUGAAGCACCCAAAGUAGACAUUGAAGGUCCAGAUGUUGACAUUGAAGGUUCAGGAGGAUUUAAGAUGCCAAAGAUGAAGAUGCCUUCGUUUGGAUUCAAAGGUCCCAAACUUGAGGGUCCAGAUAUUGAUGUCAACCUACCUAAAGCUGACAUUGACAUCAAGGCUCCCAAAAUUGACAUUAAAGGUCCAGAACUUGACAUUGAAGGUCCAGAUGGUAAAAUCAAAGGGUCGAAAUUCAAGAUGCCAUCAAUAUCUGGUCCAAACAUCUCAAUGCCUGACAUGGACUUCAACCUCAAAGGUCCAAAGAUGAAGGGAGAUCUGGAUAUGUCAGGAAACCUCAAAGCACCCAAAGUAGACAUUGAAGGUCCAGAUGUUGACAUUGAAGGUUCAGGAGGAUUUAAGAUGCCAAAGAUGAAGAUGCCUUCGUUUGGAUUCAAAGGACCCAAAGUUGAGGGAGAUUUUGAUGUCAAUCUACCUAAAGGCGACAUUGACAUUGAAGGUCCAGAAAUUGACAUUGAAGGUCCAGAUGGUAAAAUCAAAGGGCCGAAAUUCAAGAUGCCAUCAAUAUCUGGACCAAACAUCUCAAUGCCUGACAUGGACUUCAACCUGAAAGGUCCAAAGAUGAAGGGAGAUCUGGAUCUGUCAGGAAACCUCAAAGCACCCAAAUUAGACAUUGAAGGUCCAGAUGUUGACAUUGAAGGUUCAGGAGGAUUUAAGAUGCCAAAGAUGAAGAUGCCUUCGUUUGGAAUCAAAGGACCCAAAGUUGAGGGAGAUUUUGAUGUCAAUCUACCUAAAGGCGACAUUGACAUUGAAGGUCCAGAAAUUGACAUUGAAGGUCCAGAUGGUAAAAUCAAAGGGCCGAAAUUCAAGAUGCCAUCAAUAUCUGGACCAAAGAUCUCUAUGCCUGAUGUGGACUUCAACCUGAAAGGUCCAAAGGUGAAAGGAGACGUGAAUGUUUCAGUCCCCAAGAUCGAAGGAGACAUCAAAGGUCCAAACGUAGACAUUGAAGGUCCAGAUGGUAAAAUCAAAGGGCCGAAAUUCAAGAUGCCAUCAAUAUCAGGACCAAACAUCUCAAUGCCUGACAUGGACUUCAACCUGAAAGGUCCAAAGAUGAAGGGAGAUCUGGAUAUGUCAGGAAACCUCAAAGCACCCAAAGUAGACAUUGAAGGUCCAGAUGUUGACAUUGAAGGUUCAGGAGGAUUUAAGAUGCCAAAGAUGAAGAUGCCUUCGUUUGGAUUCAAAGGUCCCAAACUUGAGGGUCCAGAUAUUGAUGUCAACCUACCUAAAGCUGACAUUGACAUCAAGGCUCCCAAAAUUGACAUUAAAGGUCCAGAACUUGACAUUGAAGGUCCAGAUGGUAAAAUCAAAGGGUCGAAAUUCAAGAUGCCAUCAAUAUCUGGUCCAAACAUCUCAAUGCCUGACAUGGACUUCAACCUCAAAGGUCCAAAGAUGAAGGGAGAUCUGGAUGUGUCAGGAAACCUCAAAGCACCCAAAGUAGACAUUGAAGGUCCAGAUGUUGACAUUGAAGGUUCAGGAGGAUUUAAGAUGCCAAAGAUGAAGAUGCCCUCAUUUGGAAUCAAAUUACCCAAAGUUGAGGGAGAUUUUGAUGUCAAUCUACCUAAAGGCGACAUUGACAUUGAAGGUCCAGAAAUUGACAUUGAAGGUCCAGAUGGUAAAAUCAAAGGGCCGAAAUUCAAGAUGCCAUCAAUAUCAGGAACAAAGAUCUCUAUGCCUGAUGUGGACUUCAACCUGAAAGGUCCAAAGGUGAAGGGAGAUCUGGAUAUCUCAGGAAACCUCAAAGCACCCAAAGUAGACAUUGAAGGUCCAGAUGUUGACAUUGAAGGUUCAGGAGGAUUUAAGAUGCCAAAGAUGAAGAUGCCUUCGUUUGGAUUCAAAGGACCCAAAGUUGAGGGAGAUUUUGAUGUCAAUCUACCUAAAGGCGACAUUGACAUUGAAGGUCCAGAAAUUGACAUUGAAGGUCCAGAUGGUAAAAUCAAAGGGCCGAAAUUCAAGAUGCCAUCAAUAUCUGGACCAAACAUCUCUAUGCCUGAUGUGGACUUCAACCUGAAAGGUCCAAAGAUGAAGGGAGAUCUGGAUAUGUCAGGAAACCUCAAAGCACCCAAAGUAGACAUUGAAGGUCCAGAUGUUGACAUUGAAGGUUCAGGAGGAUUUAAGAUGCCAAAGAUGAAGAUGCCUUCGUUUGGAUUCAAAGGUCCCAAACUUGAGGGUCCAGAUAUUGAUGUCAACCUACCUAAAGCUGACAUUGACAUCAAGGCACCCAAAAUUGAUAUUAAAGGUCCAGAACUUGACAUUGAAGGUCCAGAUGGUAAAAUCAAAGGGCCGAAAUUCAAGAUGCCAUCAAUAUCUGGACCAAAGAUCUCUAUGCCUGAUGUGGACUUCAACCUGAAAGGUCCAAAGGUGAAAGGAGAUGUGAAUGUUUCAGUCCCCAAGAUCGAAGGAGACAUCAAAGGUCCAAAUGUAGACAUUGAAGCACCCAAAGUAGACAUUGAAGGUCCAGAUGUUGACAUUGAAGGUUCAGGAGGAUUUAAGAUGCCAAAGAUGAAGAUGCCUUCGUUUGGAUUCAAAGGUCCCAAACUUGAGGGUCCAGAUAUUGAUGUCAACCUACCUAAAGCUGACAUUGACAUCAAGGCACCCAAAAUUGAUAUUAAAGGUCCAGAACUUGACAUUGAAGGUCCAGAUGGUAAAAUCAAAGGGUCGAAAUUCAAGAUGCCAUCAAUAUCAGGACCAAACAUCUCAAUGCCUGACAUGGACUUCAACCUGAAAGGUCCAAAGAUGAAGGGAGAUCUGGAUAUGUCAGGAAACCUCAAAGCACCCAAAGUAGACAUUGAAGGUCCAGAUGUUGACAUUGAAGGUUCAGGAGGAUUUAAGAUGCCAAAGAUGAAGAUGCCUUCGUUUGGAUUCAAAGGUCCCAAACUUGAGGGUCCAGAUAUUGAUGUCAACCUACCUAAAGCUGACAUUGACAUCAAGGCACCCAAAAUUGAUAUUAAAGGUCCAGAACUUGACAUUGAAGGUCCAGAUGGUAAAAUCAAAGGGUCGAAAUUCAAGAUGCCAUCAAUAUCUGGUCCAAACAUCUCAAUGCCUGACAUGGACUUCAACCUGAAAGGUCCAAAGAUGAAGGGAGAUCUGGAUAUGUCAGGAAACCUCAAAGCACCCAAAGUAGACAUUGAAGGUCCAGAUGUUGACAUUGAAGGUUCAGGAGGAUUUAAGAUGCCAAAGAUGAAGAUGCCUUCGUUUGGAAUCAAAGGACCCAAAGUUGAGGGAGAUUUUGAUGUCAAUCUACCUAAAGGCGACAUUGACAUUGAAGGUCCAGAAAUUGACAUUGAAGGUCCAGAUGGUAAAAUCAAAGGGUCGAAAUUCAAGAUGCCAUCAAUAUCAGGACCAAAGAUCUCUAUGCCUGAUGUGGACUUCAACCUGAAAGGUCCAAAGGUGAAGGGAGAUCUGGAUAUCUCAGGAAACCUCAAAGCACCCAAAGUAGACAUUGAAGGUCCAGAUGUUGACAUUGAAGGUUCAGGAGGAUUUAAGAUGCCAAAGAUGAAGAUGCCUUCGUUUGGAUUCAAAGGACCCAAAGUUGAGGGAGAUUUUGAUGUCAAUCUACCUAAAGGCGACAUUGACAUUGAAGGUCCAGAAAUUGACAUUGAAGGUCCAGAUGGUAAAAUCAAAGGGCCGAAAUUCAAGAUGCCAUCAAUAUCUGGACCAAACAUCUCUAUGCCUGAUGUGGACUUCAACCUGAAAGGUCCAAAGAUGAAGGGAGAUCUGGAUAUGUCAGGAAACCUCAAAGCACCCAAAGUAGACAUUGAAGGUCCAGAUGUUGACAUUGAAGGUUCAGGAGGAUUUAAGAUGCCAAAGAUGAAGAUGCCUUCGUUUGGAUUCAAAGGUCCCAAACUUGAGGGUCCAGAUAUUGAUGUCAACCUACCUAAAGCUGACAUUGACAUCAAGGCACCCAAAAUUGAUAUUAAAGGUCCAGAACUUGACAUUGAAGGUCCAGAUGGUAAAAUCAAAGGGCCGAAAUUCAAGAUGCCAUCAAUAUCUGGACCAAAGAUCUCUAUGCCUGAUGUGGACUUCAACCUGAAAGGUCCAAAGGUGAAAGGAGAUGUGAAUGUUUCAGUCCCCAAGAUCGAAGGAGACAUCAAAGGUCCAAAUGUAGACAUUGAAGGUCCAGAUGGUAAAAUCAAAGGGCCGAAAUUCAAGAUGCCAUCAAUAUCAGGACCAAACAUCUCUAUGCCUGAUGUGGACUUCAACCUGAAAGGUCCAAAGAUGAAGGGAGAUCUGGAUAUGUCAGGAAACCUCAAAGCACCCAAAGUAGACAUUGAAGGUCCAGAUGUUGACAUUGAAGGUUCAGGAGGAUUUAAGAUGCCAAAGAUGAAGAUGCCUUCGUUUGGAUUCAAAGGUCCCAAACUUGAGGGUCCAGAUAUUGAUGUCAACCUACCUAAAGCUGACAUUGACAUCAAGGCACCCAAAAUUGAUAUUAAAGGUCCAGAACUUGACAUUGAAGGUCCAGAUGGUAAAAUCAAAGGGUCGAAAUUCAAGAUGCCAUCAAUAUCAGGACCAAACAUCUCAAUGCCUGACAUGGACUUCAACCUGAAAGGUCCAAAGAUGAAGGGAGAUCUGGAUAUGUCAGGAAACCUCAAAGCACCCAAAGUAGACAUUGAAGGUCCAGAUGUUGACAUUGAAGGUUCAGGAGGAUUUAAGAUGCCAAAGAUGAAGAUGCCUUCGUUUGGAUUCAAAGGUCCCAAACUUGAGGGUCCAGAUAUUGAUGUCAACCUACCUAAAGCUGACAUUGACAUCAAGGCACCCAAAAUUGAUAUUAAAGGUCCAGAACUUGACAUUGAAGGUCCAGAUGGUAAAAUCAAAGGGUCGAAAUUCAAGAUGCCAUCAAUAUCUGGUCCAAACAUCUCAAUGCCUGACAUGGACUUCAACCUGAAAGGUCCAAAGAUGAAGGGAGAUCUGGAUAUGUCAGGAAACCUCAAAGCACCCAAAGUAGACAUUGAAGGUCCAGAUGUUGACAUUGAAGGUUCAGGAGGAUUUAAGAUGCCAAAGAUGAAGAUGCCUUCGUUUGGAUUCAAAGGACCCAAAGUUGAGGGAGAUUUUGAUGUCAAUCUACCUAAAGGCGACAUUGACAUUGGAGGUCCAGAAAUUGACAUUGAAGGUCCAGAUGGUAAAAUCAAAGGGCCGAAAUUCAAGAUGCCAUCAAUAUCUGGACCAAAGAUCUCUAUGCCUGAUGUGGACUUCAACCUGAAAGGUCCAAAGGUGAAAGGAGACGUGAAUGUUUCAGUCCCCAAGAUCGAAGGAGACAUCAAAGGUCCAGACGUAGACAUUGAAGGUCCAGAUGGUAAAAUCAAAGGGCCGAAAUUCAAGAUGCCAUCAAUAUCAGGACCAAACAUCUCAAUGCCUGACAUGGACUUCAACCUCAAAGGUCCAAAGAUGAAGGGAGAUCUGGAUAUGUCAGGAAACCUCAAAGCACCCAAAGUAGACAUUGAAGGUCCAGAUGUUGACAUUGAAGGUUCAGGAGGAUUUAAGAUGCCAAAGAUGAAGAUGCCUUCGUUUGGAUUCAAAGGUCCCAAACUUGAGGGUCCAGAUAUUGAUGUCAACCUACCUAAAGCUGACAUUGACAUCAAGGCUCCCAAAAUUGACAUUAAAGGUCCAGAACUUGACAUUGAAGGUCCAGAUGGUAAAAUCAAAGGGUCAAAAUUCAAGAUGCCAUCAAUAUCUGGUCCAAACAUCUCAAUGCCUGACAUGGACUUCAACCUGAAAGGUCCAAAGAUGAAGGGAGAUCUGGAUGUGUCAGGAAACCUCAAAGCACCCAAAGUAGACAUUGAAGGUCCAGAUGUUGACAUUGAAGGUUCAGGAGGAUUUAAGAUGCCAAAGAUGAAGAUGCCUUCGUUUGGAAUCAAAGGACCCAAAGUUGAGGGAGAUUUUGAUGUCAAUCUACCUAAAGGCGACAUUGACAUUGAAGGUCCAGAAAUUGACAUUGAAGGUCCAGAUGGUAAAAUCAAAGGGCCGAAAUUCAAGAUGCCAUCAAUAUCUGGACCAAAGAUCUCUAUGCCUGAUGUGGACUUCAACCUGAAAGGUCCAAAGGUGAAAGGAGACGUGAAUGUUUCAGUCCCCAAGAUCGAAGGAGACAUCAAAGGUCCAAACGUAGACAUUGAAGGUCCAGAUGGUAAAAUCAAAGGGCCGAAAUUCAAGAUGCCAUCAAUAUCAGGACCAAACAUCUCAAUGCCUGACAUGGACUUCAACCUGAAAGGUCCAAAGAUGAAGGGAGAUCUGGAUAUGUCAGGAAACCUCAAAGCACCCAAAGUAGACAUUGAAGGUCCAGAUGUUGACAUUGAAGGUUCAGGAGGAUUUAAGAUGCCAAAGAUGAAGAUGCCCUCAUUUGGAUUCAAAGGCCCUAAACUUGAGGGUCCAGAUAUUGAUUGCAACCUACCUAAAGCUGAUAUUGACCUCAAGGGACCGAAUAUUGACAUUUCACGUCCAGAUCUCAACCUCAGAGGCCCUGAUGCUAAGUUGUCCGGUGGAUCCCUUGAUAUGGGAAGUCCCAGUUUCAGUUUUGACAAACCAGAUGUUAAGUUUCCUAAGUUCAAAGGUCCCACAUUUGGUAUUCGGUCACCUGAAGUUGAAGGGCCUGAACUGAAUAUUUCUCACGGAAAGAUGGAUGUGAAGGCACCUGAGGUUGACCUUAACCUAGGGGAUGCAAAUAUCAAAGGACCAAAAUUCAAAGCACCAAAGAUCCAUAUGGGAGGAAAGAGCCCCAAAUUAAAUGUUAAUUUGCCAGAGGUCGACAGUAGUCUAGAAGCCCCUGAUGUUGACGUUCAUGUCAAAGGAAAGAAAGGUAAAUUCAAACUGCCCAAAAUCAAAGGGAAAGCAAAGAAGCCUGAUGUAGAUAUUGACCUUGAAACAUCAGGUGUAGAUUUAGAUGUUGACUCUCCUGAGCUUCACCUGAAAGGAGCAAAAGUAAAGAAACCUUUCUUUGGAAAACUUCAUUUCCCUGAUGUGGAAUUUGAUGUAAAAUCUCCCAAAGUUAAAGGUGAUGGCUCUCUGUCUGGUGGCUUGUCAUCUGGGAGUCUACAAGCCAAUAUUGAGGCACCAGAUCUAAACGUGCA